AUGAACAACACAAAACUGUAUUAUUGUUUCAAUGCUCAUAGUGAAAAGACAGUCGUAGACAUUGCAAGAAGAUUAACUGUAAUAAUUAAACGGAUUAAGUGGCUGUAUGAUAAUACAGCUGAAGAGAUGAUAGAAGACUAUACAGUUAGAAGAAGUCAGGAAGAAACCCGAAAUACAGACGCACAUCAAACUGCUCACCAAGAUACAGUUAGAAUAAGUCAAGCAGAAACACGAAAUACAGAAGCACGUCAAACUGCUCACCAAGAUACAGUUAGAAGAAGUCAGGAAAAAACCCGAAAUACAGACGCACAUCAAACUGCUCACCAAGAUACAGUUAGAAUAAGUCAAGCAGAAACCCGAAAUACAGAAGCACGUCAAACUGCUCACCAAGAUACAGUUAGAAGAAGUCAAGAAGAAACCCGAAAUACAGAAGCACGUCAAACUGCUCACCAAGAUACAGUUAGAAGAAGUCAAGAAGAAACCCGAAAUACAGAAGCACGUCAAACUGCUCACCAAGAUACAGUUAGAAUAAGUCAGGAAGAAACCCGAAAUACAGAAGCACAUCAAACUGCUCACCAAGGUGCAGUUAGAAGAAGUCAGGAUAAAACCCGAAAUACAGAAGCACGUCAAACUGAUCACCAAGAUACAGUUAGAAUAAGUCAAAAAGAACCCGAAAUGCAGAAGCACGUCAAAACUGCUCACCAAGAUACAGUUAGCAAAGUCAAGAAGAAACCCCAAAUACAGAAGCACAUCAAACUGCUCACCAAGGUGCAGUUAGAAGAAGUCAAGAAGAAUACCGAAAUAGAGAAGCACACCGUUCAGCUCGGAAAGAUCCUGACCGAACAGCAGCCGUAA